CAUACAUCAGCAGGAGGGGAGGGUUGCCAUGGCAGAGGCGGCUGAAAGAGAAAGCUGCCUCUUCCUGUCCGAAUGGGAGGCAGCCCGCAGAGAAAACCACGCGAUUCGAAGGAAAUACACCGAAGGUGAACUUUGCCGACAGCAGCUGCAGCUUCAGAGCGCAUUGACCUCCAUCAAGUCGUGGCUGGCAGUGGUGGAAACGAGGCAACGGCUGCACCAAGUGGCCUUCAACGCCGCGGUGCAGGCGCUGGAUGAGUUGGACAGCCGCUGGCGUCCGCUGCGCCUGGAGCCCGACGCCGCGCCGGCCGCGUGGCUCGUGGCCUCCGAACGCCACGCGCUGCAAGGGUUGACCAAGUGCUGGGCAACCGCAGCACCAGAGGGCGGGCAGAACCUUAUACAGCGGUUUCAAACUUUGUCUGAUCACUUGUCCUCACAAGUUGUUUCCGCCAUCCGUCUCUGGGAUGAAUCCCAUCAAGCUGCGGAGCAAGCGUGGCAAAAUCAUCACGAGCGCGUGGAAGAAGCUGCACGGGCCAUUACUCAAGAACGAGCACCACCGGACUCGUGGCUGAGUGAGGUGCAAUAUCGCGAGCGAGCGCGCAAGCACGUGACCGAUCAGGCGGCUGCAGAUGAACUGCUGCUGUCCACGGCUCAGCAGCUGGCUACAUUGGAGGCCCAACGUGUCGAGUACUGGAAGUCCUUCGCCGAGUCCUAUCGCAGCUGUUGUGGGCAGCAAGGUGUUGUAUUACAGGAUGAGGCUCCUGGCAUGGUCUCAAACAGCUUUCAAGCGCCUCAGAUGCCGGUGUUGCCUGACAUGCCAACCGCCUUUGGUGCCGUGCUCCAGCGUGUGAGUGCUGCCAUGAUGGCCCCCAGUGGGCUCUUUGGGCGUGGGAGUGAUUGGAGGGAAGGGGCAACCUUAG